GCAAAGAGAAACCAUUUUCCAUAUCACAUCAAACCCCCUUUUAAUGCAUUUAAUGGAAAUGCAUUGAAAAGGAGUGACUUCCAUGAGCAUGUCAUCAAGACAGCCUCCUCUAUUUCGGAAGAAUGGCACGCUCGGGUGGUCUCGAACACAAAAGAUCUGAAUUUCCUACGUUCUCCCUGGAAACAAAUCGUAAAAAUGUUAAUCCGAUUUCUUUCAGGUAGUAGUGAUCCUUAUGUGAAAUUCAAAUAUAAGGAUCGUAUUAUGUACAAAAGUAGCACUAUAUAUAAGAAUUUAAAUCCAAUAUGGGAUGAAGAAUUUCAAAUGCUAGCCGAUGACAUGACGUCACCGAUUAUUAUCGAGGUUUUCGAUUAUGAUCGGUUUUGUACGGAUGAUUUCAUGGGCUCAUGCAGUAUAGACAUUAGUCAAGUAAAAUGGUUUCAAAAUCUGAAUGUCUCCUAUAAUGCGGUCACGCCUCCUGAUCCUUAUUGCAAGUUCAAGCUCGGCUGUGAAAAGUACAAAAGCAAGAUCUGCACACGAACAAGUGACCCUAAAUGGGUUGAGCAAUUCGAUUUGCAUAUUUAUGAACUCGGAUCGGAAACGCUCGAAGUGAUGUGCCAGGACAAGCAUACCAACACCUCUAUCGGAAGGUAUCAUUUUGAUCUGCACACGUUCCCUCGCGAUCAAACGAUACAAAAAUGGUACCAUUUGGAGGAUACGUCAAGUGCAUUGUUGCUGCUUAUCACCGUCUCUGGUAGCCAGUCGAAGGAUACCGUUGUCGAUUUGACAGAAUUCAAUCAGAAUGACAUACGGAAUUCCAUUUGUAAUUUUCAUGGUUGUAAUACCUUUACCAGAAAGGCUGAUGUUGGUCAACUCACCGUUAAAGUGUUCCGUGCUGAAGAUCUUGUGGCGAAGGAUAUCGGAGGCAAAAGUGAUCCGUUUGCUGUUCUCGAGCUAGUGAAUACGCGAUUGCAGACGCACACCGAGUACAAAACCUUGAAUCCUCAGUGGAAUAAGUUGUUCACGUUCUCCGUCAAAGACAUCCAUACCUGUUUGGAGGUGACUGUCUAUGAUGAAGAUCCUAAUAAUAAGUUUGAAUUCCUCGGAAGAGUCUCCAUUCCACUGUUAUCGAUUAAAAACUGUGAAAGGAAAUGGUAUGCUUUGAAGAACAAAAAGCUCACAGCACGUGUUAAAGGCGAAAUCCUCUUGGAAUUGGAUGUGAUUUGGAAUCCGAUUCGAGCAGCCAUACGAACGUUCAACCCCCGCGAGAGGAAAAUCCUUGAAACGGACAAGAAGUUUAAAGCGAGCUUAUUCCGUAAUACUGUCGUUGAACUGAAAGAAUUCGGUUUAACUUUGGUUGACUAUAAGAAUUACGUUGUGAGCUGUUUUGAUUGGGAAUCAACUUCCAGAUCGGUUACGGCAUUCGUGAUAUUUGUGGUUGGCGUCUAUUUCUUCGAACUCUAUCAUGCUCCUCUGUUGCUGCUAGUAUUAUUCGCUCGAUGUCUAGUCUACAAGAGAGUUGCCGAAGAUCUGGCUCCACGUGUUAGUGAAUUAUCAUUCAGAGAAGAUGAUGACGUUGAAGAAGAGAAGAUCGAACGAUUUCGUACCAAAAAACAUUCUGAGGCUUGUCUGUCAUCAAGUCCGCAUUCUCAGUUUACGCCAUCCUUCCAACUCACACUUAUUUAUUGUUUUAGUGCUUUCAACUUCUCUCAACCAUGGUUAUCAUGGCUUGCUGUAGGAGUUCUCAUCGUGGCCACCAUACUACUGUAUCUUGUGCCUUUGCGUUGGAUCAUCAUGCUUUGGGGUAUUAAUAAAUUCACGAAGAAAUUACGCAAUCCACAUUACAUCGACAAUAACGAAGUAUUGGAUUACUUGUCUAGGGUACCGUGUGAUAGAGAAUUGGUAAGUUAA